GAGUGGCAUGCUCUGUAUCUUGUCUGCCACUUCAUUUCUAGCACUGUUCUUCCAUCUGCAUAUACAGACAACUGCCUCCAGUGGUUUACUACAAGCCGUGCUGUUUUCUUCUGUGACUUCUCAGUAUGUCGUAAAUAAUUCUGUAAGAAUCUGUACCACUCUGAACACAAAUUAACAUGAAAGCAGGCAAUCUUUUAUGACAGCGAAGUAAGGAGUCCUGCCAUUUGUCAAGAGAUUGAAAGAAAUUCAACAAAGUCAUGGUUAACAAUGACAGCUGCAACGACGGAAUGCAAUCCAAGAUUAUCUAUGCGUAUGCCUACUUGGUCAUAUUUGUACCCGGCUUACUAGGGAAUAGUAUAGCUGUAUGGGUACUUAUCAGCUUCAUCAGAGAAAAACGCAAAGGAAUUAUCUUUAUGACUAACCUCGCCUUUGCUGACCUUGCACAUGUCCUGUCAUUGCCACUGCGAGUUUAUUAUUAUUUAAACAGUGACUGGCCAUUUCAGCACUCUAUGUGCUUGCUCUGCUAUUAUCUGAAAUAUGUCAACAUGUAUGCAAGCAUUGCAUUCCUGGUCUUCAUUAGCGUUCAGCGGUGUCUCUUUGUCAUAAAACCUUUCCGAGCAAAUUCAUGGAAACAGAAGUAUGACAUCAUGUUGAGCAUUGCUGCUUGGAUUGUUGUGGGAAUUUGCUGCAUCCCAUUUACAACCAUCCGGAAUAGUGGGCCUGUGCACAAUGAUACCGCUCAUACUGUAAAUGAGAGAAUAUGCUUUGCUGAUCUUCCUACUAACAAAGUCAGUCAGGUGCGCUUAAUUGCAAUGAUUUUUAUGGUUGAAAUAAUAGGAUUUGCAAUUCCACUAAUAGUCAUUUCAGUCUGCACAUGGAAAACUCUGUCACAUCUGAAGAAUCACAAGGAACUUUGUCCAGAAAGAACUGAGAAACAAAAAGCUGCAAGAAUGGUUUCACUGUGUGCAGUCGUCUUUUUGGUUUGUUUUGUUCCUUAUCACUUGAACAAUCCAUUGCACAUGAUGAUUAAACAGAACAUGAUUAUGCACUGUAAUACUCAAAGGCUUGUGAAUACUUUUCAUGUGGUUUCCUUAUGCCUUGCAAGCCUCAACUGCUGCAUAAAUCCACUUAUAUAUUUCUUUGUGGUACAAGAAUUCAGGGAACGGCUUGACUGGCAUGGAUGUCGGGAACUACAUCCAUGCAUUAGUGGCAAAGAUGGUGAAACUUUUGUUAAAGAAGAAGAACUCUGUCAUAGUAAUUGAACUGAUAAACUGCUCAUCUUCAAAAGAUGUUUUGAUGGCUGGCAUCAUGAUAAAGCAGGAAAGCAGCUCUUCAUUAUGUGGACAGGUGGCAUUGAUGAAUGCAAGUACACCUUCUCAGUGAUGAGUUUGGAGAAGGUCAUGAGCUCCUGCAAGUUAUUUUUGCUUCAUUUUAGAAGAUAUAGAGAUAUGUGCACUUUGGUUAAUAAUUAUCUUCUGAAUGAAACUCUGUAACAGAACAGCAGAAAGAACUUCACCGGCGGAGAGGGCCAGUGUUACCAUCAGACAACAGAACAGCAGAAAGAACUUCACUGGAGAAGAGGGCCAGUGUUACCAUCAGACAGUGCCAGUAGUCCAUGCAUGAAUGUGGUCAAACUGAACAAAGUUAUAUGGUGUUGGGCCUGUGGAUAGAAAUUAUCUGCUGGCUUCAGUCUUCCUCUAUUCAGCCAUCAUAGCUUUAUGCAGGGAUAAAGAAUGAGCCAUGACAAACAAACAAACAAACAACACACAAAGGUAGUUGCAAGUCUGCUUUGUGGGGGGGGGGGUGACACCACUGAGUACCCAUGUUUUGUUGAGAGCUCUUGGCCAUCAUUAUUAGCUCUACCACUGCUGGUAUUUGCUUUACCUACAGCAGACUUGUUUGCUGCCAUAUUAUAUGCUGUAGUGCAUACCUUUAUGAAUGAAAAAGAGCAGGGGAACAUCUGCUAGACAUCCCCUGCAAUGACCAGUUGUGCAACCGGCUGUAUGAUUUAGUCCAAAAAGAGAACAUAUUCCCUGCAUUAAUUUCAAUGAUGUCAGACUAUCAGUCUGCCAACAUAUGUACAUGUUGAUUCUGAUUUGCUCACGUGAGUGAAACCAACAGUAUGCAGAUGGUCCUCUGUUAAUUUAUAUCCUGGACCAUUGUAAGAAGCUAUUGUUUUCUAACAAUGACUCUAUCCUUUCAUACUCAGAAACACUUUGUUUUCAAGUAGCAUGUGGUUAUCUUUUAAGGCAUAGGAACCUCAAUGGGCUAAGAAAUAGGGAAUAUGCUCUAGACACUGCUUCCAGUUGUCUGGUUUUUAUUAUUCAUUCCUCAGGAGACUGUUUUUUUUUCUUUGACUGAACAUCCUACCUUUUUAGAUAUCCAGGGGGAAACUACUUGUGGAUUAUGUGUUAGUCAUGCAGUUUAUACCCUAUUUUUUGUACGUUGUAAGCACCAGCACUUAGGGGGAAGACAAUAGUUAUGUUUUGUUCACAAUAAAACUUGUAACAUAUAAUAAUAACAAAGAGUCUUAUUCCACAUACACACAGACACACACACACACACACACACACACACACACACACACACAUGCAUGCACGCACACAUACACAUACACACAUAUGCACACACACACAUGCCUGUAUAUAUGUGUGCUAAUACAGACAGAAAUGUAUAUAAAUGCAUGUACUGAUACAUAUGUGCAUGCACACACACAGACACACACGUGUGUGCAAAUUCAGACAGAAAUGUGUAUAAAUACAUGCAUUGAUAUAUACACCCAUGUAUGCGCACACAAACAUACACACAUACACACACACACACACACACACACAC